AUGGGAGGGACGAUAUCUCUUUUCACUUUCACAACAGUCCUCGUUGUUAUAGAAGCUUGGGGACUUUCCAGCCGGACCAUCGCCGAAUUCAAGAGUGCGACCACAACGGACCAUAGUCCCGUCAUCGACUACCUCGUCGCGGAUAGUAAAUCUGGGUCUUGGAAUUCAGCUACGGCCUUCUUUACAACCUUCAUGAAUGCAAUUGCGGAUUCGAUGCUUGUUCACCGCUGUUAUUCUGUUUGGAAUUCCAACAAAUAUGUGUUGUAUCCACUCGCCUUCAUAGCCUUUAUCUUGAACGGUUUGCUUUGCUUCAUUGGCUCACUCAACCUCUGA